AUGCUCGACAUCGUUAGCCGUCGUCUCCAGCAACCCGAUGCUUUGGCUUCGUCAACCAUUCUUCUUGAUGGUUUUCCUCGCACUUUACAUCAAGCCAAGGCCUUGAACAAAAUGCGUACAGUCGAUCGUGUCGUUCUCCUGCAGGCGCAAGAAGAGCUGUGCGUUGAUCGUAUCAAUCAUCGUCGAAUUGAUCCAGUCAGUCAUCUCAAUUAUCAUACGCUACUGAUUCCUGCACCGACUGCCGAAGUAGCAGCACGUCUCGUUCGACGUGAAACUGAUCUGGACGAAAAUAGAAUCCGUGGUCGUCUUCAAUUUUUUCAGCAGAAUUUGGCUUCGAUUCUGGCCGUUUUCCCUGGCAAGCUCUUUGCUCUUAAUUCGGCGGUCAGUAUCCAGGAAGAGUUGUCCGCGUUGCAGCAAAUCUUGUCUGAGCCCAUCGUCGUUGAGGCUCGCAAAGAUCCGGAUCCUUCAUUGAUGCCUGCCAAUCCCAAUUCGAACAACAAAGUUGCUAAAUCAUUGUGUGUUGUUUGCAUGGACGAAGAAGCGGAUGGAGUGGUCUUACCAUGUGGUCAUCUCUGCGGUUGUGAGUCCUGCUUGAAUAUAUUGCUCAACAGUGGAGCCACGUGUCCCAUUUGUCGUGCACACAUGAACUCGGUUGUCAAAGUAUUCGCGAGUGGAGUUGCGGGAGAAGACAUGCAAGUGGAGCAAAAACAACCUGAGGUUGUGCCUGCACAGGAUGAGGAUGAUGGAAAUUGGUCCUUGGCACAGCAAUCCCUGCCUGUUGCAUCUGAAGGUGCAUCUUCGUCCUCCGCCCGCCCUGCUCUCUCCAUCGCUCCAGCUGUCGAAUGGGUCAAUGAUCAAGUCCCUAUCCCCAUUGCCGUUUCUAUUGCUAUUCCGGACAUGACUCAGCGUUCACAAGUGGAUAUUUGUUGUGUCAUUGAUGUGAGUGGCUCUAUGGGCGAAGAUGCCAAAUUCCAGGACCCAAACGAUGACUCCAAAUUUAUCAGUGAAGGUAUGAACCAAUUGGACAUUGUCAAGCAUUCGGUCAAAGCAGUCAUUCACACAUUGACUGAUCAAGAUCGUCUCAGUUUAGUGGCCUUUCAUGAUGAAGCGCGUUCGGUCUUUACGCUUUCUGAAAUGAAUGAGGGUGGAAAGAGGCAAGCCAUUGAUGCUCUUGAGGCGUUGGAGCCACAAAACUCCACCAAUAUUUGGGCGGGUCUGGAAGCUGGUCUUGAAUCUCUUCGCACUGCUCGUGCUUCUCCACGACGUUGUUUCAUUUUGAUUCUCACGGAUGGUCAGCCCACGGUCUCUCCUCCUAGUGGAGAGAAUAUGGCCUUGCGCUCUUAUUUUGAAGCUCAUGCUGGAUUCACUUGCAGUGUCUCGACUUUCGGAUUUGGAUAUCAACUCCAGAGCAAGAUGCUAUUGGAUGUGGCCAGAGAAGGCAAAGGCACCUUUGCGUUUAUUCCUGAUGCCAAAAUUGUGGGUACUUGUUUCGUGAAUUUUGUGGCCAAUGCUUGUACCAACCUAGCAUUGGAUGCCAAAGUGCAUUUGGAACCACAAAAUGGGGCUGUUUUUCCUCCUGUAUUGCAUUCUUCCUUUCAGCGAGUACCUUGGGGUUUGGUCUAUGAUUUAGGACCACUGCACUUUGGUAGUCAUCGGAAUCUGAUUGUACCUAUGAAGAUUCCCGCCGGUGUUCACGACCAUCACCAACCGUUUCUCAAAGUCACUGUGGAAUGGAACUCUGAAAACAACAACCACAAAGAAUCCUUGAUUGGUUCUGAUUUCGUGGUGACUGUCGAUGCAUUGGCGGCUUUUGCUCGUAUGUCCAGUGUUCAUUCGUUGGAACAAGUCAUCGACAAGUGUGAUGCUACCGACCCAGCUGGACCUAAAAUCUUGAAAACGCUAAUUGGACAACUCAUUGGAUUGGAAGCGACAGCGAAAGAUGCUCGUAUUACAGCUUUGUUGAAAGGCGAUUUACAAGAAAGAAUCAGCAAAGCCGUUUCUACUGUGAAACGAUACAAACGAUGGGGAGGGCAUUAUCUGCGAGCGAUUCUGAGAUCGCAUGAAUAUCAAAUGAGAACCAAUUUCAUGGAUCCAGGUCUUCAAGUCUAUGGCGGUGUUCUAUUUUCCGAAUUAGUUCAGUCUGGUGGCGAGAUUUUUAAAGGAUUACCUUUGAAAAAGUACUCUGACUGUGAUGCCAACAGCAACAACAAUAACAGCAACAACAAUAACAGGAACAACAAUGCUGUAGCUGCGGCUGAUAAUUAUUAUGCUGGUAACGCUGGAGGUUGCUUCAGUGGGGAAUGUGUUGUGCAAUGCAAAGAACAAGAUGAUGUGGUCAGAGAGAAACAGCUCUCUCAGGUUCGUUCUGGUGAUUGUUUGCAAGUCGUUGAUGCUGAUGGUCAUGUUAGUUUUUCUCCCGUCCUCUGCUUGGUAGAAUUUCAAGGACGCUUUGAUUUGCUUGUUUUGCCCUUUUCCCGUCUGGCUCUCACACCCAAGCAUCCUCUUCGAAUGCAAGGUUCUUUCGUUCGACCUUGCGAUAUGUCAUUCCCUAUGAAUGAUGAUCUGGCUGCUCAUCAUACUGAGAUGCCUUCCUCUUUGAUCGUGGAUCGUGUUUUCAAUGUGGUCUUGCAGGAUUCUCAUGUUUUGCUUUGCAUCAAUGGCAUGGAAGCGGUUACGUUGGGUCAUGGGUUUAUGCAAGCCUUUCAUCCGUUUUAUUCAACCAAACAAGUGUUGAUGACGUUAAAACAGAGACCAGGGUGGAAAGAAGGUCAUGUCAUUGUAGCUCCUCAUCAUCCUUUACGAAAUCAACAUGAAUAUUAA